AUGUCAGAGCCGAGAAAAAACGAAGCAGUCAAAAUCGCACAACAGCAGCAUGAAUCAGAUGAUACAACAAAAAAGAAAAAUAAUCAAGUUACACCUGUGUCACAACAGGAGAAUGACGAAGAAUGGGGUAUAUCUGCAUCGAACGAUGGUGUAACAUUUGACUAUCCGGAGAUAAAAUAUGAAUUUUUGGACAAUACGGCUGAUGUACAAUUACAUGCAUGGGGUGAUUCAAUCGAAGAAGCAUUUGAACAAAUUGGAAUGGCAAUGUUUGGCUACAUGACUGAUAUAGAAAGAAUUGAAAAUAAAGAAAUGAAAGAAAUAGACAUUCAAGCCGAAGGUGACCUAAUGAAUUUAUUGUACAAAUUUUUAUGCGAAUGGUUAGAGGUACAUGGUACCGAAGAUUAUUUUAUAGCAAGAAAAAUCGAAAUAAGUGAAUUUGAUCGUCAAAAUUUACGUAUUAUUGCACGUGGUUUUGGUGAACAAUUUGACAUUAAAAAACAUACACAAGGCACUGAAGUAAAAGCCAUUACCUAUUCGAACAUGCAAAUUCAUGAAGAAAAGCCAACAAAUGAUGUAUAUGUUAUUGUUGAUAUUUGA